UGGGCACUUAGAAGAGAGAGUCAAAUGGCUAACUCCAUCUAAAUCUCUCUCUCUGGUAAAAUGCAUUUCUGGCCUGUUCCCAUUCCAGUCCUAAAACCAGUAUUUAUUUAUCCUCCCCUGCCCCCUCUCUCAGCUCCUGCUUAAACUCACUCCAAUAAGAUGUGCACACUCAUCAGUUAUGAACUCUACCUCUAUUUGUAUUUUUUACGCCCUCACACUCAUGCACACCACAACUGAUAUCAUGAAAGUGUUGGUGGAUUGUUAAUGAAUGUUGUUAAAACUUUACAGAGACUUUGUAAUGAGUUUUAGGAUAGGAAAAAUCAUUAGGGCACUCUGUCUACCUCCACUACUCCUCCUGUUUAAAGUCCCUUAAUAAACUCAAUUUGAAUAUCAGUUUUUGAAAUCAGUUUGUUGAAUUAAAACCACAAUGUGAGGUUUCUUUGUGAAUCCAGUGUUAUGUUGGCUAUGAGUAUGGCUGUCUGAGGUAUCUGUGUGAAUGGGGAGAUAGACACAGGCAGCGCCACACAGGGCAGGGCAGACUCCUUCACUCUAAGUGCUGCUGGUCAUAUUCCAGCCAUCAGUGGAUGUGGAUCAAUGCCUGGUUCACAGCUUUACAUCAUCCUUGAAAAGCCUGGGAAACGCUCAGACCGUCAAUUAGAAACUAUUAGUAAAAAAAAACAUCAUCCCUCCAGUCUUGCUGCCCUCCUCCCCCCUCUCUCUCUCUCUCAUCUUCCUCACUCACUCCAACUGGAGACUGCACUAGAGGGAGAAUUCCUGUCUUGAUGGACCUGUAGGACAGACUUAACCAAAAAGGGAGACACAGGGGGUUCAGUCCUUAACUGGGGCAGAAUGUGUACUACAGAAGAUACUUCACAGAGGAUGGAGAGAUUUGGGAGAUGAGGAAUCAAGUAGUAUACAUUUGUUUUCAACUCAGUACCAUGCACUGGACUUGGAUUUAGAGGGACUUUUUGAAGACAAGAAGAUAUUACCAACAAACUCAUCUUUUUACUUUUGCUGGAUAUCAAGGGGUUAAAUGAAGGGCAUCUGAAACAGAGUAACUGUUACUGGAUCUCUACUUUAAUGUAUCUGAAACAGAGUAACUGUUACUGGAUCUCUACUUUAAUUUAUCUUUACCGUGUUUCAUCACAUCGUCACCUGCAGAUUUCACCUGCUUUAACAGUGUGUGGGUGUGAGGAUGACAGGAGUAAAGUAAAGGUGUGACCAAUAGAUUUCAGUGUUUGCAGCUAUUUUUCAGACAUCUUGUUCAAUUGUUUGUUUUGAUGUUUUCUUAGACACACACAUACAGCAGCAAACAUUUGUUAAGUUAUGGAAAACGCAUCCUAUAUGUUCAGCGCUGGCCAAUAGCAAGCAUAUAAAGGUUCUUACUCAAACAAGUCAGCCAUGGUGCUGGAAGGCAUGGAACUGAUUGCAAUUACUGUAGUCAUUGGCCUGUUUUUUGUAGUGUUCAAGCAGUUUGGUGUCUGGGAGCCCUUGUCAUUAGAUGAUGAGAGUAGCGACUGUGAAUUGGAGCUUUCUACUGUUCGUCACCAGCCUGAAGGCUUGGAACAGCUCCAGGUCCAGACCCAGUUCACCAGGAAGGAGCUGCAGUCACUAUACAGAGGCUUCAAAAACGAGUGUCCUAGCGGGCUGGUGGAUGAGGAGACUUUCAAAAACAUCUACUCACAGUUCUUCCCCCAGGGAGAUGCCACCACUUAUGCACAUUUCCUGUUCAACGCCUUUGACAUGGACAGAAACGGUUCUAUCCGAUUUGAGGACUUUGUGAUUGGACUAUCUGUACUGCUCAGAGGGUCAGAAACAGAGAAACUCCGGUGGGCCUUCAAUCUGUAUGAUAUCAACAAGGAUGGCUACAUCACCAAGGAGGAGAUGUUGGCCAUAAUGACAUCCAUCUAUGACAUGAUGGGCAGGUAUACCUCUCCCAGUUUACGAGAUGAUGACCCAACUGAGCAUGUGGACAAGUUCUUUCAGAAAAUGGAUCGGAACAGAGACGGGGUGGUGACCAUUGAUGAGUUCAUAGAAACGUGUCAGAAGGAUGAAAAUAUCAUGGCCUCCAUGCAGCUCUUUGAGAACGUCAUCUAGGUCUAGGAAUGGAUGGAGAACAUGGAUAGAAGUACAAGUCCUGAUGACCUUUUAUUGCUUCCAAUACCAGACCCUACAAGCCCCUUUGCACUUUAACCCCUCACCUUUUGAUAAUAGACAAAUAUUUACACACAUCAAAAUGAGGACAGUAAACAUUUGUCAGGGGGCAUAGGGAAAUGUGACUCUUUAAACGUUUGAUUCCACUACGUAUGGGAAAAUAAUCCCUACAAUGGUCCUACUGACAGUUCUACUUUCCUUACCAUGGACACACAGGGAAUGGCAACAUACAAAUGUCAAUGUUAGUACGCUGUACAGUAGUAUGCCUACUGCCCAUGCCUGAACAGAUUAUGAUCCUUUGCAUGUUUGCCUGAGACUAGUGUAAGUUAAUGUUAACACAGUGGAAUGCAAAUAUGAAUAUUGUUAUUGAGUAGCCUGAAACCAUUCUAAUAUUGUAUUUGUGUGUGUGUGUUUGGGAGGGAGGGGGCAAGGUCACAAAACGGGAUACCUAGGAUAAGUUGAUAUUCACACAAUAGCAUAGAAAUGUAAAAGCUUUUUACAUUGCGGUCCUCCCGGGUAUAUGUCAUCAGCAUCAUGAUAGGAAGGUGGGAUUUAUUGAUGUUGCUAUAUCAUAUAUCAUGCCGCCAUAAGUCCCAGCCGUCCCGGCACCUACAGCCUAUGUCAUCUACUCAUUGCAUACCCAGAGAGAGAAUGUAUUUUAAAAUGUUGUUGAAUAUCACUAAAUUCCUGAAUGAAUUUGCACUCUUAAUAUUUUUCAAUGCAAUGUUAAAUAAUUUUCCCAAAAUGUGUUUAUUUUCCUGUGGCAGUAAAUGUUUAUGAAUGACCCCCAGGUGUGUAAUUACAAUGUCAAUUGAUUCCCUAAGGGACAGUUGAAGAUUACUUGUACUUUGGCUCACAUAUAUAUAUAUAUAUAUAUACAGUACCAGUCAAAGGUUUGG